UGUAUGCUCCUGCUGUCUGCUAGUUAACGGAGGGAUGCCUGCGGGAAAUCGAGUAGGAGAAGGUGAAGAAUUGAGACUAGGAAACAGGCUAAAAGCCACCUUUAAAGCAACCAUUUGAUUUAUUAGCAACUUUUACGCGUUGCAUUGUAAAAACAUUAUUUUUUUUUAAAGCCGUGUGUUGAAAGGAGGUUAGCAGAGGAGAAAGCUGACUGUUUAAAAAACUAAUCAAAGACUAAUAAUCAGGGAGGAAAGAAGGAAGCAAAGAAGGAAGGAAGGAAGGAAGGAAGGAAGGAAGGAAGGAAGGAAGGAAGGAAGGAAGGGAGAGAGACAGGCAAGCGAUCCCUACUUCAUUCUACAAGUGUGUUGACAAGAAUCCAGCAAUGGAAACAUGGUCAGUUGAUCAGGUCUGCAAAUGGUUGAUGGAGAAAAACUUAAGCGAGCUAGUUCCCAGGUUUCAAGAGGAAGAAGUCAGUGGGGCUGCACUCCUGGCCCUUAAUGAUCGGAUGCUACAGCAACUGGUGAAGAAAAUUGGACACCAGGCUGUUCUGAUGGACUUCAUUAAGAAAUACAAGCAGAGCAAUCUAGAGAGGAAGCCCACGGGAGGCUCCGCAGAGACACCCCUGCUGACCCAGGCACAAGCGGCCCCUGAGCACGAACAAAACCCCAGUCCUGCCAGCCACAGCGACCAGACAUCUUUGUAUCCAGCCAUCCCUGACAAUAGACUCGUUGACCAAAGAGUAUUGAAGCAGAGAAGAAAUGUAAAACAUGUUCUAGCAAGGCAUAAAGCAUUACAGUGGACUAAAUCCUACAUCUUACCGGAGUUUCCCUAUGACGUCAAGUGCAUGUUGGCGGAGCAGAAGCGUCCCGACCACAGCAUGCGGAUAAGAAUCAUUGAGUUUCUCCAGGCAGAUAUGACUAAGUACCUGGAAGGCUCGCUGUACCCAACCACCCAGCAGUACAACGAUGUGGUCAAUGCGCUGCUGCAGGCCCACCCUUUCCUGGAUGAGGACGGCUGUGGCUUUUUUCUAUGGAAACGAGCCCUCAAAGAUCGCUUUAAAUAUGUUCGAAGACCCAUAGAAGAUGAUGAACAAGUAAUGAGAAACAAGUGUAAAUUUGGACACCGAAGAGGCCAGACAAGGAAGUCUCUUGCUGACAUACAAUCGAAUGAAAUUAAAAUUGUGCAGAUAAAAGAAGAAUCCGUUUCUUUGGACUCCGAGGUGGAUGAGCACAUUCACUGGUUCCAGCGGGAGUUUAUGAAAUCGGACAGGGACUGGAGGGAAGUGGACAAGAGGAUGAGCCAGACGCUGGAAAUACGAAGGAAGAUGAUUGGCGGCCGAACACCUCUCAAGGACGUUCUUAAGAUGUUUCCUUUCUUGAAGUGCCCUUACCAGAUGUUCAGAGAAGUUCAAAUUCUUACAAAAACAGAUAUUUAUAAGAAAACAAGGCAUAUCCUGGAAUCCUACUCGGAAAAUAUACUGACUGCCUUGCCAGUGCUGGACAAUCCAAUCCACACUGCCCUGCAAGAGAAGAUGAAACACUACACGGACGAAGGAGUGCUGAAGGAUAUGAAGAUGACUGCCACGUGUUUACUGCUUCCACAUGUUUUUGGGGAUGAGCCCAGCCUUUUUGUCGUUGUGAAUGGGAAGGUGCGCGUGUCCACGCCUGUGUUGGAAGUUAAAAACCCUUUCCACAUCAACGGCUGUGAGUUCUCUCUGUAUCUGGACAAAGAGAAGCUCACGAAGGUGGAUGACUGCGUCACAGCUCUGGCUGCUUUGGUGUCUGCUUUCCGUGUGUUUGGGAUCGAGCGUCCAAGACGACUGUCCCAAACCUUCAACUUCCUUGAGACGUUGAUCUUUGACUUGCAGAGUCCCAGGUUUCCCUCUUUGAAAGAAAAAGAAAUCAGAUCUCAACCUCCUAUCACUUAAUGUCUGAAUGAACCCCCCAGGGUGGUAGACGUUUCCCAAACAAUUGCAGAUUCAUCUUAGAAAAUCUAUUGCCUUAGAGGUAGGGGUUAGAAAAAUCAAUCAGAUUGUUUCCAGUAUCAAUGAAUUUUUGAAGCCUCUCUCUUCAACUUAGAUAUUUAAGUUCUUUGUGAAGUUCGGUAAUAAAAUACUACUUAAAGGCUUUGAGUUUGACCUGAGUUCUGUAGUCAAGGUUUCAAGUUCAGCAGUGUCAGUUUUACCUGGCAUAAAAGAGGUUAUGAGGUAAAAUCCUCCCAGUUAGGGUCUGACCCUGAGCUUAACUCAAGUGUGACAGCUUGAAUGCCCAAGAGUUGAGCCUCUUUAGUUUCUUUGGUUAGAGCAUUGGUUGGAAACAUCUUGAACUGGAAUAUUUUAAAGUGAUAUAUAGUCCUCAAUUUCCUUGUCCCAGAUACCCUGCUUUAUCUGAUGUGUUUCUGUUUCCUUUUGAUGAGUAUUGAGUAAGGGAGCAGCUGCGAUCUUGGGGUAUCCUCUUUGGUGGCCCAUCUUAUUGGCCCCAGAGUCCGCCUGCAUGUUUAUCUUUCAGGGUUCCUUCCAUAGAGAACCCUUCAUCAGCCCAUGCUCAAUGGUCACACUGAAAUUUAUUUGUUCAUCCAUGAAAUGGUGAGAUAGUACUUCUGGGGUAACAGGACCCAGGCAAUAUCUGUUUUCUGAGGACUUUCACAAGAAAAAAGAACCCUGUAAAAUAGUAGCUUAAGGCAUGCCUUAGUAUUAUCAUCAAAAUAUCAUGUUAUUUCCUAAUUCUGAA